AAUUUGUAAAAUUCUUCGAAAUAAAUACAAGGAUAUAGCACACAUUGUAGUUGACGAGGCUCAUUGUGUUGUGAGCUGGGGGCACGAUUUUCGACCACAAUUUUCACAAAUAUCAAAGUUUAGGUCCCUCUUUCCAAAUGCUAAAUUCGUAGCCCUGACGGCCACUGCAACGGUUAAAAUGCAAAAAGAAAUUGCAGAGAAUUUAUGCAUGUCCAAAAAUUUCCACACAAUUUCAAGUAAUACUAUUCGCGCCAACAUAAAACUAAAUGUCUCCAAAAGGUGUGCAUCAACAGGUGGAAAUUACACAGCAGAAGAAUCCUUUGAAACAUCUUUGAAACCAGUGAUUUCUGAGCUCUGUCUACAAUUUCAAAACUUUGACAGAACAAUUGUUUACAGUAAGCUUAAAUACUGUGCUAUGGGCUUUGAGCUAGUAAGAAGGGAGGCAAUGAAACUAUCCCUUGAAGAUGUUUCUCAAGUGAUGAAUGCAGUUUCACAAUAUCAUGCACCAAGCACCACUAAGAUGAAGGAGAAGACAGUUCACAAAAUGUGUGACCCCUCUAGCCAACUGAAACUUCUAUUUGCUACAGAGGCAUACAGCAUGGGAACAGAUGCACCAAAUAUUCGGCGAAUCAUACAUUUUGGUCCCCCAUCAUCACUGGAAACGUACUUGCAGGAGAUAGGAAGAGGUGGGAGAGAUGGGGCCCAGUGCAUCGCAACUCUGUUUUAUAACGCAAGUGACAUAGGAAGCAACGUCAAAAACAUGAAAGAAGAAGUCAAACAGUUUUGCGCGCUAAAAACAUGCAGGCGAAAAUUUCUUACUGACCACUUUGGAUUUUCUUAUGAACAAAAUAUGACACCGCAUACAUGUUGCGAUGUUUGUGAGCUAAAAUGCCAAUGUGACAAUUGUAUUGUCGCCAUUGCUGAUAAAAUAGAAAAUGACGUAGCAAUGGAAUCGCAAGCAUCAAGUCGCAAAACUAAAAAUUCUACAUUACUUGUCGAAGUUCUAAGAGCAUAUUUUGAUGCUGAAAACAGUCAACUGGAUAUUCCAAACCCAGAUGUAUUUACUAAGUCCUUGUUAACAGAUCUUGUCAAUUCAACUGAAGAUUUUGUAAGUGAAGAUUGUUUAAAGCAGAAGUUUAGUCACUUGCAACCUCAUUUUUUGAGCAACAUAUAUGAAAUUAUACAGAACGUAAGUGAAAUCUAAUUAAUUUCCAUAUUCAACGGAAAACUGGAGCUUUUUAUUUUCUAUCCAACGGUGGUAGUUGGUCACAUUAAUAUUUGUAGACGAGGAAGCCUGGAUAUCGGAGAAUUGUUCGUGUUGGCGCCCUUCUUCAAACGAAAAAGGUCUAACCUCUCUCAGUUCAUUUAGAAUUGCCAUUUCGUCACCAAUAGCUGAUUUGUCGGAAUGUCGUUUUGAUCUUUCGACAACACCUGAGAUUUCAUCAUAAUGCUCAGCAAUUUCUCUGAUGCUUGAUAUGGCACUAGACCUGUUCCUAACAUUUCUUUCUGUUUUGUUGGAGAACAUAUGCUUUAUAUGUUCUUUUAUUUGUUUAACUAAGUAUUCCAUCCUCCUGUCUGCGGGAAUAUGUCCGUUUACUUGUCCUGAUGUAUUGACAAAUAAACCGUAAAAUUCUUCGUUUGCAGCUUUCUCAGACAGGAUACACGUUUGAUGUACAAGUAAUCUCAUUAUUUCAUAUGCAUAUUUUGAUAGAUUGUUGUUACUUUUAAAUAUAAACAUGGUAUUUCUUAGGAGACAGA